CACAUCUGGGACAGCACCAUGGCCCGGGCCCCGCUCCUGCUGCCCCUCGUCCUGCUCUGCUCAGGCGCCCUGGUCACUGCUGAGCUGAGGCAGACAGCGGCAGUGUCUGUGGCCCUUGGACAGACGGCCACCGUCACCUGCGAGGGAACGAUAGGUGCUGCUCCCUGGUACCAGCAGAAGCUGGGCCGGGCCCCUGUGCUGCUAAUUGAUAUAUUAAACAAAAGGGCCCCGGGAAUCCCUGAGCGGUUCUCUGGCUCCAGCUCGGGGAACUCGGCCACCCUGACCAUCAGCGGGGCCCAGGCCGAGGAAGACUACCACUGUCUGUCACUCAGCAAAAGUGCUUCCGUGGUCUCCUAUGCGCUGACCCAGCCACCGUCGGCUUCAGUGGCCCUGGGAGGAACUGUCACAAUCACCUGUCAGGGCGACAAUCUUGGUAGUUAUUAUACUCAAUGGUACCAGCAGCAGCCGGGCCAGGCCCCUGUACUGGUCAUCUACAAGGAUAAGGAGCGGCCCUCGGGGAUCCCUGAGCGGUUCUCUGGCACCAGCUCGGGGAAAACGGCCACCCUGACCAUCAGCGGGGUCCAGGCCGAGGACGAGGCCGACUACUACUGUCAGUCAGCUGACAGUAAUGACGGGGUUCUGAUCCGGGAGCUCCGAGGCGUGUUCCUGACCGCAGUCGUCUUGGGGUUGAUGACCAGCUCGGGGAGCUCGGCCACUCUGACCAUCAGCGGGGCCCAGACCGAGGACGAGGCUGACUACCACUGUCUGUCAGCUGACAGGGUCCUGGGGAUUGAGAACCAGGUGACAGAGGAGAGACAGCGCUGGGGACUUCAGAGCAGCUGUGGACAGAAGGAGGGUGCCCAGGGCACAGAUGGGUCAGCACUGCAACGCGACCCGGAACCCGGGAACCCCGGAAUCCGGGAACCCCGGAAUCCAGAGCCCCACACCCUGACGAGCCCCGCAGACCCCCCAGCCACUCUGACCCCUGCCUGGCACGGGGACACCAGUCACGGGGCCCACGGGCUGCGGUCGCAGGCGUCCGGGGUCUCGGCCUUCGCCUCAGAGACGCCAGUUCCCGACCCCGAGCACCGGCCCCGCGCAGGCUCCAGGCGGCAGCGUGGGCUGCCGGGUGGCUCGGGCCCCCAGCUGCGAAUGAGGGUGAGGCCGGGCUGGGGCAAGGCUGGGGUGUCGGAGCUUCUGCUGAGCUCACGAGACCAGAAGUCUCCCGCCUGGAGUCCCGGGAGAGGUCCGGGCAGCCAUGGGGGCUUCCAGGCUCCACCACCACCGACACCGGGUUAG